AUGGCAGCCAUGGGCUCCAUGUCGUCGGUUCUGUCACAGACUAUCACCCAGGCCCUGUCUGCACUCCCCACGGGUGUCCCCUCGCAGCUGCCCUCCGCAGCACCGCAGCCUACCUCCAUUGACCCCCCUGUUGCACAGGGGACUGUGACUGGUGCGCAUCCUGCCACCCCAGAGACCGUGCUUAGCUCACGGAAGAGGGCCCUUUCCCGCCGGGCAGAACGGGCGCGGACAUGGAAAUGCGCUAGAGCGCAAUCACCGGAUCUGUCUGUCUCUGAUGGAGUUUCAGACGAGGAGGCGUUGGCGGAUUUUGAUUAUGGGGUUGAGGAGGAUCUCACCCUCCCCGUUCCGGUCCCCUCGACUUCCGCUGCUGCGGCCUCUUCUGCCAAGGAUUUGGCAGCGACCUCCACUGCUACCCGCGCUGAGGGUGUGCUGGAUGAGGCGGGUGAACUGAUGUUCGACCCGGAGUCUUUACACCACCCGCGUUCGGCAGAAUGGCUCCCAUCUCCUCAUGUAGGAGCGUACUUGGAGCACUGGGUGCGCCACUCGCUUAGCCGCGAAUCGCGCAACAAGCUUAGGGCAGAGUGUCCCCGUCCGGUGGUCCCUAAUAAGGUUUGUGACACCCCAUUGGUGGACCCCAAGAUGUCGCAGUUCUUGGCCAAGACUGGCUGGAAUGCUAAGAAGGGCCUGGAUUCAGCAUUGCGCAGCUGCCAGGACAAGCUGUUGGAUGUCUUCGGUCCUUUGACCAGGAUUUUGGAGAUGGCCGAGGCGGCCAGAAUUGAGGGUUCCCCUGUUGACCCGGUGGAAUUGAGGGGCUGGGCCCAGAGGGCCAUAUGCCUUGCCGGCAAUGCCAAUACUGCCGUAGCAAUUGAGAGACGCAAGGCUAUAUUGUUUAAAAUCGACCCCAAAUUGGCCAAUUUGGCGCUCACUGAGGCAGGGAAGGAUGCCCAGGGCCUCCUCUUCGGCGAGUCCUUCAUCAAGGACAUGGGCCGAUUUGUGGGCACGUUUACCGCACUGGACAAAGCCCAGGCUUCUAUGCGCCGGGUCUUCCAGGGGCGGGUCUCUCAUAGGGCCGGCAGUGGUAGGGGCCGCCUGUCCGGCCGUGCAAAUUUCCAGGCCCGUGGAGCGAACAGAGGCUCCAGUGGACAUCGUCCUCAGUUCCAGGACCAGCGUACCGCAUCCCCCUUCUUCUCCACAAGAGGAAAUCAGUGGCGUUCACGUUCCUUCCGGGGCAACCCGAAUCAUCGUAGACCCUUGGGUAAGUGCUCCCCAGAUGGGGGAUUCUACGGUACCUUGUGUAGGGGGAAGACUCCGGCUUUUUUCCCACGCUUGGAGCCUCAUUACCGCGGACCCAUGGGUUCUGACCACGGUCAGGGGAUUCCACAUAGAGCUCUCGGGAUCCCCCUAUCUGAUUCCUUCCCCUCCGCUCUUUCCCCUAUCGCGCUCGGACGGUGCGUUGGUGGAUGCAGAAUUGCACGCCCUCAGGCUGAAGUUGGCGAUAGAGCCGGCUCCCCCGUCUUCGGCGGGGGUGAUCAGCAAUAUCUUUCUGGUUCAGAAGAAGGAUGGGCAGAUGAGACCAGUCAUCAACCUUCGCUCCUUGAAUGCGGUAGUACGUUACCGGCACUUCAAAAUGGAAGGGAUCCACCUCCUUCGGGAUUUAUUGAUCCCGGGGGACUGGAUGGUGAAACUAGACUUGAAGGAUGCCUACCUGACGGUUCCGGUGUCCUCUCGCUCCAGGGACCUGCUUCAGUUCAGGUGGCAAGGAGAGGUCUGGAGGUUCACCUGUCUGCCGUUCGGGCUGUCUUCAGCUCCCUGGUGUUUCACCAAGUUGCUGCGUCCGGUCGUGUCGUGGUUGAGGACUCGGGGUGUGCGUCUCAUAAUCUAUCUGGACGACAUCCUGUUGAUGCACGAGUCCCGAGCGGGAUUGCUGGAGCAUCUACGCUGGACGGCGGAUCUGCUUUCGGGUCUCGGGUUCCUCCUCAACCGGGAGAAAUCCUGCCUUACUCCGGCCCAGAGGAUGGAGUUCCUGGGAUUUACUGUGGAUUCGCUCUCGGAGUCCCUCAGCCUGCCGGCGGCGAAGUUGCGGGGGAUCCGCAAGGAGUUGAGACGUGCUCUCCUCGCUCCCCAUCUCUCGUUACGUCACCUGGCCCGCAUUAUCGGCCUGUUGGCCUCUUCCAUUCAGGCGGUGUUCCCAGCCCCUCUGCAUUACCGGGCUCUCCAGCGACUGAAGAUCGCCCAUCUUCGGACCGGUGCCUCCUUUGCGGACGCGGUGGUUCUGGACUCGGAAGCCCGGGAGGAACUGAGUUGGUGGAUAGCCAACCUGGAAGCGUGGAACGGGAGAGCAAUCUUUGGAUUCCUGCCGGAGUUGACGAUCGAAUCGGACGCGAGCCUCCAGGGUUGGGGGGCCCAUUGCAACGGGGUCUCCACCGGUGGUCCCUGGUCGACGGAGGAAUCCCUCCUACACAUCAAUGCGUUGGAGCUCUUGGCGGGGUCCUUCGCUGUGAAGAGUUUCUCCAACGGAAUCGCCAACGCGUGUAUCCGGCUUCGGAUGGACAACGUGUCGGCGGUCCGGUAUGUCAACCGUCUAGGGGGCACUCGCUCGGCCACCUUGGCGCGUUUGGCCAAAGAUUUUUGGUCGUUCUGCCUGUCCAGGGAUAUCAUGGUGCAGGCGGAAUAUUUGCCAGGAUUGAGCAACGUUCAGGCGGAUUGGAACUCUCGCUACCUGUCGGACGGCAGCGAUUGGCAGUUGGAUCCGCUGGUGUUCACGGCGAUUUCGGAUUUCUGGGGUCCAAUGUCCAUCGACCUCUUCGCCUCUCGGCUCAACAGGCAGCUGACCCGGUUCUUCAGCUGGCGUCCGGACCCGGAAGCGAUGGCGGUGGAUGCUUUCCUCCAGGACUGGUCGAUGUCUCGCCUGUACGCGUUUCCUCCGUUCUCAAUGAUCCCGAGGACUCUCCUGCAGGUUCUCCGCCAUCGGGCGGAUCUGGUUCUGGUGGUCCCGUUCUGGGGAUCCCAGGUUUGGUUCCCCUCUUUGUUGAAGAUUCUGGUAGAGAUUCCUGUUCUUCUCCCGAGCCGGCUGGAUCUUCUACGCAACCCUCUGGGUCUACAUCAUCCCCUCCUCCUCGACGGAUCCCUGCGACUACUGGCGUGCCGGAUCUCCGGACACCUGGAUCUUUCGAGGGAAUUUCGGCUGCAACUCAACGACUAUUGGACAACGCGUGGGCUCCCGGCACCCGAAAGUCUUACCGGGCAGCCUGGAGAACUUGGGCUAAUUGGUGCGUGGAACGGGACUUGGAUCCCGUUUCGGCACCUGUAGCUGACCUGCUGCUUUUCCUCACUUCUCUCUUUGAGGCGGGGAAGGCGUAUCGGACCAUUAACCUUUUCAGGUCCGCUAUUUCUUCUACCCACGAGGGCUACGCGGGUGUUGCAGCUGGUCAACAUCCUUCCGUGUCUCGCCUCCUCCGGGGGGCUCGGUUGUCUCGUCCCCCUCGGCCUCGUUUUUCCACUACUUGGGAUGUCUCCCUGGUUUUGGGCUUUUUGGCCUCUUGGCCCGAGAAUUCUGCCCUUUCCAUUAGGCAAUUGUCCGCUAAAUUGUUGGCUUUGUUUUGCCUCAUUUCAUGUAAAAGGGUGUCGGAUGUUAGGGCCCUUGAUUACGACGCGCGUUCGUUUACCCCGGAGGGGGUUACCUUUAACAUCUCGCGUCGCACCAAGACUAGCAUCCGGUUCGUGUCUUACCCUAGUUUUCCUACAUCUCCGAUCUUAUGCCCCGUGGCGUGCCUUCGGGAGUACGAGUCCAGGACUCUGGCACACAGGUCUCCGACCAGGCCACAGCUGUUCGUGUCUAUUCGGCAUCCGUUUGGCCCGGUGGCUAGCCCUACGUUGGCGCGUUGGCUUAAGUGGGUGAUGUCAUUGGCGGGUGUUGACACCUCUGUCUUCACGGCCCAUUCCGCUCGGGGGGCCUCUGCCACCGCCCUGGCGGUUUCGGGGGCCAGGUUGGAGGACGUGAUGCGCCUGGCCGACUGGUCUAAUGUUACCACGUUCAGGGAGUUCUAUUUCCGUCCUCCAGCUCAUUUGUUUGCUUCAAUUAUUGACAGGCUUUGAACUUGCAAUAUGAGCCUCCGUGUCUUGAUGUAAAACUAAAUGAUUUUCCUAUUUCAUGACGUAAAGUCAUAGUUUUAUUAAAGACACGGAGGCGAGUAUUGCCCACCCUGGAUUCCCUCCCUUGGGUCUUUUGGUGGGUUGUUUUCUUUCAGGGCUCACUUAUGUAUAUAUCUUUGCGGUUUUUAUUGUCCUGUUAUUUAUUAAUGACAUUGUAUUUAUUGCUCUGUUGGUUAUUUCGUUGCCAUUGUAGUGUUUGUUUAAGGCACUUUAUUGCCAUUGGUCAUUCAACCCCUAUCGGGUCUGUUUGAGCUGUUGAUGUCCGACGCUCUUGUCCUGACAUGCCGGUUUCACCUGGGCCCAUGGUCUGUUCUCUCUUUCAGGUUGAAGCUGUUUCAAGGAUGGUAUACCGUGUUCCAGUUUGAGUUUUUCGGUGGUUGACCAGGUUGGCGACUGCUGGUUCCUGCUUCGUACGGAGUGGAGUUCUUCGUUCCGGUUGAGGUUCAGGAUUCGUUGGAUUGUUCGGGAUGUUGGCACCAGGAUCCCAAAGAAAGAGGAAGAGCCAUAGGAGGAGCGGCCUAUUAUAGGGGCCAUAGGGGAGGGACAUUGGUUGCUAUGGUUCCCUGUAUGUUAAUUUUUUCUCUUUGCUGCUAUUGGUGGUUCAGUA